CAUCGCAUCCAGCAUAUAACUCACGACUUCACCCCCUAGAACAAACCAAUUGACUUGCAAAAUGCCGCACGCCGACGCAUCCUACUUCGGCGACGCCAGCGCCUCCGACUUCGGCACCGCCAAUGCCUCCAAAUCCGAAGUCUACGCCCAAGUCGUGGACCAGGCCCGCGGUCUGGUAACAGGACAACGCAACUGGAUCAGUAACUUCUCCAAUGUCGCCUCCCUCCUCUGGCACGCCUACGCCGCCCUCCCCGCGCCCUCCUCAGCCGUAAACUGGGCCGGCUUCUACAUCCGCCAGGACAAGUUCCCCAAGCUGGGCAGCAGUGGCAACGACCAAACCACCAAUACUACCACCCCCGCGAAGCCCACCCUCCUCCUCGGCCCCUUCCAGGGCAGACCCGCGUGCCAGGAGAUCCGGUUCGGGCGAGGCGUGUGUGGCACCGCGGCUGAGAAGCGCGAGACGCUCGUCGUGCCGGACGUGAUGAGCUUCCCGGGCCAUAUUGCUUGUGAUGCGAGUAGUCGGAGUGAGAUUGUGGUGCCUAUUCUUUCUGGGGGGGAGACGGUCGCGAUUAUCGAUAUCGACUGCACGGAGCCGGACGGGUUCGACGACGUUGAUCGGAAAUAUCUUGAGGAAUUGGCUGGUUUGCUGGCUGAGUGUUGCGAUUGGUAAGGUAAGGUGUUGAGUUUAUAUCAACAUCUACCUAUAUAUGUACUAUCGUCAGGUUAGAAGGUUAAUUGGUGUUUGCAUGCCUUCUUAUCAAAUAAUACUAAAAAGAAUAGGGGAUUAUAUCCGAGGAUAAACGCUGUCAGACAGACAGCGAUAAUAAAUUGCAAAUUGAGCAAUAACAUAUAUGACCCUAUCA